CAAUAAGGCAUGAUCCAUAUAGAAUAGGAAGCAGAAGCAUGGAAGAGGUGGAGCAGGUCAAAGCAGAGGCAUUGCAGAUAAUGGGAGUUUUUCAACUGCUUCCGAAGCUCGUCGUCUUCGAUCUCGAUUACACUCUUUGGCCUUUCUACUGUGAGUGCCGCUCGAAGCACGACACGCCUUAUUUGUUUCCUCAUUCUAGAGGCAUUUUGCAUGCGCUCAAACGCCAGAACGUUCAUUCUGCAAUUGCUUCCAAGUCACCAACUCCUGACAUUGCAACCACGUAUCUUGACAAGCUCGGCAUCAGGUCAAUGUUCGUCGCCGAGGAAAUAUUUUACAGCUGGACACACAAAACAGAUCAUUUUCAGAAAAUUCAUUUAAAGACUGGGAUCCCCUAUAACUCCAUGCUAUUCUUUGACGAUGAUAAUAACAACAUCCAAGAGAUCUCAAAAAUUGGAGUAACAAGUAUUUUGGUUAGAAAUGGGGUAAAUCUUGAAGCAUUUAGAAACGGCCUCGCAAAAUUUUCUCAAAACGGGAAUGCAGCAAAGAAGAACAAGCAGAAAAGGCCCAAGUAAUACUCUCAACUAGGAUGCUGAAAUUGACUAUCCUAAUGAAAUUUUUAUCUGCGUUUAUUCAGAAACACACAUCGGUUGACGAUUUCAAAUAUGUUAUCUCUGUUACUCCCAAUCCUCGAUAGGAAAUUGAAAGUAUACUUGGAGCAUUUUUAA